UAGCAAAAAAGGCAGAUUUUAAUAUCUAAGGGAAUUUGAAAACGUAGUGAAAACCACAAAUAAUGCAGCAUCUAUUAGUGGACAAAAAUUUUCAGAAAUCAUUGGGUUUUAACACCUUACCCUCAAAACUUUCACACUAAGUUUCCCCUAACGAUCUAAAAUUCCUUAAAUUAUAGCUACCUGGUAUUAACCGCUCAGGUGUAAAAUCCAUUUAAUUUAUACGUGAGUAUUUUUUUAUGUGAAAGUGUGAAUAUUAAGGACCGGGACUGGGUUUUCCCAACUCGACUACGCCAGCAUACUACGAGUCGAGCUGUAUAUAAUGGGCUGCAAAUCAACUCAGGUUAUCAGUCAUCAACACUCAGGUGAGAAACAUAGAGCUAAAAACACUUCAAGCAGGAAAUAACUUGAGCGAAUUUUAAAAGUAGAACAUUAAACAACAACCUAAAAAAAUUCAAGAUGACUUUGAAGCUACACUUUUUGCUUAAAAUGCUAGCAUUCUUCAUGCUAAUACUUCAAACUACUGCCAGACCAAUGCCUAAUGCAGACAUGAUGAACAAAUUAAAGAGUAUCUUCAAAGUUGGUGACGGCAUUAUGGUUUACAACACAGGCACCUCAAAUGAAGCACUUGAGGAUGAUGAAAUCGUUUGCGCCGAACGUAGAGCUGGAAAAUCAUACUGCAAGGAGGUUGAAAAUUAUAUGGAGGCAACACGUCUGGACCUAAUUGAUCCAGAGCAAUUUGAAAAAUUCAGAGCAUAUUUCACAGACGAUAUGGCGAUGCCACAGAAUAUAGCAACUCGUAUGGAGAUCGAUGCGGCAGAGAAACCUAGCAGUAUUAAGACAAACGUGAUUUAUCCAGAGGGUGUUUUGUCGGAGGAUUCCUCAUGGUUAUUGGUGGUGCAACAUGAGCAACAUAAACAGGGAAUUCUAGUAGAGGAGUGUGAAACUGUGGACAGUGCUACCGAAGAAAAUAGUACCUUACCAAUGGAAAAUAACUCGAAAUGUAAACAAAAUUUCAACUAUCGCAAACUGGUUGUGUUGGUGAAUGGUGUGAUGAAGGAGGAAAUGGUGAAAUUACCAAGUACCUGUGAAUGUGACAUGUGAUUAAGACUAUAUUUAUAUAUGAAACAGAUGCUAUAAUAUUUAAUUUAGGAUAGUGUAGAUUUUUUUGAACUUAAUGUUGAAAUUUUAGUUUGUAUCGUUUGUAGAAAAAUAUUUAAAAAAAUAAAAAAAUAGAUAUAAAAAAUAAUUCCUGAUUUUUAAUUAUUGAGCACAAUAUCAUAACAUAUUUAAGAUAUGGGUUUAAUCGAAGAAAUGUUCCCGGGAACCAUAUAUGUUAUAUGGUUUCGUAA